AUGUCCACCCCAUACAUUCCCGGGGUAUAUACGAACCCCACCCAAACCCGCCUCCCUCCCAUCUCCGUCGCCUUGGCUCCCGCCGGCCCCAACACGACUGCCGCAAGCAGAAGACGCAACACCGCGAUCACACGGAUUCUCAAUCCCGUGGUCCCAGGAGUGGCCACUGAUAGGCAAAAGGCUCCUGACCUGUCUACCGGUCCUGAAGACUCGGGUAUUCGUCAUACGUCUGAGAUGGAGAUCUGUACUCCCUCUGGCACUCGCGGGGAUCCAAUCCUUCUCGACUCCCCAUCUGCUUCUGGCACUCCAUCCAUUACCGCGCUACCGUUUCAGCUCGUCGUCCUCCCGACCCCCGGCCUCACCCCCCGCGACGCCCACCACCUCAGAAACCUAAACCUUGCCCUCACCACCCACGCCACGCGCCCCAACUACGAGCGCCUCCACGACGCACUCCUCUGCCUCGACUACGCUCUCAAGCGCGCCCCAUACAACACGCACGCCGUCUACCAGCCCAUGCUCGACGCGUGGAUGCUCUAUAAAGACAGGUAUCUCGAGUACGAGAGUAGACUCAUCAGCCUAAGGCUCAUCCCCGAGCCGCAUAACUAUACGGUGGUGAGGAAUAAGGUUCUGGUGAGGAAUGUGUGGCCGGAGUGGGUGCCGGGCAUGUUGGUGGGGAGGAGGGAGGGGGAGGUGAGGGGGCCAGGGGGGAGGAGGGUCGAGGGGGAUCUGUUGGUGGGGAGUGCGUUGGCGAAUAUGGUUUUCUUGGUGGGGGCGGGGAGGAGGGUGGGUUUGGAGGCUCCAAGGAGGUAG